AAUAUUUUAUCUGUGAAAUAUCUAAAUUAUUAUUGCUAUAAUCAAAAAUAAUGAAAUAUCCAAAGCUCUGUUUAAUAGUAUUUGUAGCGAAAUAAUACUUGUCAGUUCUAUAACUCGAAUACUGAAUUAACAUUGAAAAAGAUAUUACUCAAAAAACGUGUUUUUUUAAGUAUUUUCCCAAAUUUUCAUUUUUCAUUAGAAUUAACAGACAGAAUGUAGUUAAAGGCAUAUACUGUAGUAAAAUAUGGUUAUUCUUAUCAUGUUUGAUUAACUUUUUAACUCUUCUAACGUAUUUAUAUGUUCAUAGAUUUUUAUUGGUUAUCCUCCAAUAGGAGGAUAACCAAUACGGUUAUCCUCCAUAGGUUAUCGGUUAUCCUCCUAUGGAGGAUAACCGAUAAAAAUGAUUGUGUAUCACUACUACAGGAAGACCUGGAUAAACUAAACAUGAUGGAAUUUAAUGUGAAUAAUUACCAUAUAACAUAUAAUUAAAUUACUGUCACAAAGUAUCAUUAGUUGGAUUCACUUCAAAUGAGAGAUUACGGUGUAUUCUCUGGUUUAAUUUUCAUGCUGUAUUAAUUAUAUUUUAAAUAUUGGAUGACACCGGAAGAAAAUAAACGACCUGCCUUGCAUAGGUCAGUAGACCUACUGUUCCAGUCUUAUAUUAAAUAAUAUUAGUGUCGAUGCAGAUGCAUGACCGGAAACCUGGAAGUGUAAUGCACAUCUUUCAGUAUUUAAAUAAUCCCAUAGAAGAAACACGAAUUGCGAGAUACAUAUUCUGAUGUUCUGACAUCAUCAUCAGUAGAGGAGAAUCUCAGGCGAAAGAAUAUAUAUAUACUACUUCUCAUUUUGUGUUUGUCUUCUAUGGCUUUACUCAAACACUAAUACAUUUCUUCACUUGUUUCGACAAAUUAAUGCAAAUAUCUUGUGUCCACAGAAAAGAUGAAUGUGACAGUGAAUUGCAGUGAAGCGUGCCCGAACUGUAAUGAAACUGGUGAUAUACCUCAGCACUUCCUAAUUUCUCCAUACCUCCUGCUGGCUGCUCUUGUACACUGCUGGGGCGUCAUCAUCCUCGGCUUCCUUAGUAACGUGGUGGCACUGUGGUGUGUGCAUACGUGUAACAAGACUAAGCCAGCAAUGAAGAUACUGCUGGGCUGUGUGUUCGUGCCCCUCCUCUUGCUGUGCGUCAUCAAUUCUUCUGUAGCACAGUACGUCACAGCCAUCCUCACCUGCGACCUAGUCACCUUCUCCAGCACUGUCAUAGUUGUCAUGCACAAGAUGUUUGAUGUCCUUGUUCAGAUGGAGGUUAUCUCCAUCGCUGCCGUAUCUUUCUUCAGAUUGAAGGCCAUCUGGUCGCCCCACGGACGUAUUGUACAGAUGAAGACUGUUGUGACUGUGGUGACCUGUGUUACUCUCUACACCCUCCUUACAACAGUCGGCUUGAUGGUGCCGCUGGGCCUAGGCUACCUGACAGCUCCUGGGGUGAAACAAGGUCUCACUAUACUGUUCGUCUUAAAUACAUUCCUGCCCAUUUUGGCCACCAUACUGUGCUACACUCUCAUGGUCUUCACUAUGUGUCGCAACCAGCGUCGUCUGGCCAGCAGUCAACACUCGUCCAGCGUGCACAGGGCUGAUGCUACACGAUCCAUGUUGGCUGUCUUCUUGAGCAACCUGUUCUUCACCUCCCCUGUUCCGCUGUUCUACUUCCAAAAUGACAGAACAUUCACUUUGGAAGUUACUGGCUGGAUCUUAUUCACCACUCACUUUACAAUGGAUCCAGUUGUGUUUGUGCUGUUUAAUCCGAGCUUCCGCCAUCGUGUGGGUGAGCGGGUUGGUGCGAGUUUGACCUGGAUGACACAUAGGUGCUCCCGGACCUCACUCACCACCACUUCAACCACCUCCACCACAUACACACCUCCAGAUACAGUUUUCACCGAUCAGUUCUCAGUCACAGUGUUUAGUGACCAAAGUCACUGAGUUGCCUUAGAGUUGCUUUUUUAAGAUACACGUCUUCUUCUAUAUGAAAAUAAGUAAUGCAUUUUGGUAGCUGCAAAUACCACGAAGGUAUCCCAGUAUCCAGUAAGCUUAGUGCUACAUAAGUUUCAAAUGCGGUUAAAUAUAGGCUUUGAAGUUUUGAAGACAAUCAGAAAAGGCAUCCACAAGUUAUCGCAACGAAAUAUCCUAGUUUCUUCAGUCCCUAGAAUGUUUGUUAAUUGGUCAAUACUCUGUAAUUUGUUCAUGAUUGUAACCAUGUACGGACGUGUUUAUGAUCCAUUACCUUUGUAACUUGUCAUGAUUGUGACCAGACUUAGUUCAUUACCUUUGUAACUUAUUCAGCUAGCAUAACUUUGGGGUACAGUCACUGGACCCAUUAUGUACCUCUGUAAUCUUUUGACUACCGCCCACAGGAUGGGUAUGGGGUGCAUAAAGAUAUUAAACUAAUUAAACUAACUUCAGUACAAUGGAAAAUUAGCACCUGUACAAUUCGAACCUUCCACUAAGUUAUGCCAGCCUUGAAAGUUUAAAGUCAUCCAGAGGAGGCAUUCUCUAGUUAUUUCAGUGACCAAUAUCACAACAUACACCAACUCCUUAUGUCUCAAGCCUCUUGAAAGUUGCAUUCUCAAGUUAUCAGAGCUGAAGGUUUGAAGUCAAUUGGAUAAUGAAUUUACAGAUUAAGACAAAAAUCAGUAUUUCAAUUAUCCUAAUUUCUUCUGUAAAAUUGGCAAAUUUUACAUAAGAAAUGAGACAACCCAAAAUCUAUCGAAACUUUUCCCUAAGUAAAAUACACCAGUAUUCAAGAGUUGAAGUCGAUCAAAAGAGGCAUUCUAUAGUUAUCGCAUGAAAACCAAUUUCCUUAAUAAAAUUGGGAAAUUAAACUUUACACAACCCAGAAUCACGAAGACGCUCUGAAAAAAAAAUGCUAAAAGUCUUGAACUGCAUGUAAGUGUUCGUCUUCACGGAGCCUGGUAGUAGAUCACUU